AUCCAUCUUCCAUCUAUAAAUUCCCCACUUCUCUCUAUCCCUCCAAAUUAGUCCAGUCUGAUUCACAUCUCUCUCUCUCUCUCUCUCUCUCUCCUCCCCUUCUCUCCCAUUCUUCGUUCAUUACUUCUCUCAAUCGGAUACAGAACAGACACUCGUUUUCCUUUGGUCUUCUCGCUGUCAAUCAACGAACUCUUUCUCCAUUUUGAGGGAAUGGAUGUUAACGGGAGAGGUUGCAUCUCUGGAACUUCGAGUGAAGAAGAGAUGGACCUUCGAAGAGGUCCAUGGACUGUCGAAGAGGAUCUCAUACUCAUCAAUUACAUUGCCAAUCAUGGCGAAGGUCGCUGGAACUCCCUCGCCCGGUGCGCAGGUCUGAAGAGAACCGGAAAAAGUUGCAGAUUAAGAUGGUUGAACUAUUUACGCCCGGACGUUCGACGUGGAAACAUCACCCUUGAGGAACAGCUUUUGAUUCUCGAACUUCAUUCUCGCUGGGGGAAUCGGUGGUCUAAAAUCGCUCAAUACUUACCAGGAAGAACCGAUAACGAGAUCAAAAACUACUGGAGAACAAGGGUUCAGAAGCACGCAAAGCAACUCCAAUGUGACGUGAACAGCAAACAAUUCAAAGACACCAUGCGUUAUCUAUGGAUGCCGAGGUUGGUCGAGAGAAUCCAGGCAGCUGCUGCAGCUUCUUCGACCGCCAAUACGACGACGACGACGACGACAACCACCGCCACUGUCGCCUAUCACCCCAUCAACGGUGACAAUUCCGACAUCAUGGCGAGUCAGGUCCCGUCUGCGGGGAGCAACAAUGACGUCGGGAUUGCCCAAGUUAAUACCAGCUUCACCCCUGAGAAUUCGAGCACCGCCGGUUCAUCAGACUCCAUAGGAACUCAAGUAUCCCCGGUUUCGGACCUGGCCGAUUACUAUACCACUCUUCAGCCCAACAGUUACGUCGACAAUUUCCAAGCCUCCCAGGUUAAUUAUCAGGAAUCCCUAACUAGCCCCACUGGUUACUUUAACCAAGGGUUAGAUUUCCAAGCCAUCGAUCAGAACAACAUGUGGUUGGUCGAUGGGGACACAUCGGACAAUUUGUGGAACAUUGAGGAUAUUUGGUUCAUGCGACAGUAGGCUAAUAGGCUACUUAGUAUUAGCUAGCUUACAAAAGCUCCAAACAAUGAAGGAAAAUGUGUAGAAAGAAAGCAGAACAUAGAUUAAAAAAUUACAAGACAGAGAAAUCAGAAUUAAUUAGGAUACAAAGGGGAUAUUGGAAGAAGGGAAACCUAAUUGUGGAUUCUUAGACUUUUAUCUUGUGGAUUCUUCCUUUUUUUUUUUUUUUUCUUGAAAUUAUGUACUUUGAGAUAUUUGAAUCUCAUUCUUUUGGAUUAACUUUUGUACUGAUCUAAUUUUAGAAGCCUUGC